CUUAUCCUCGUUAAAUCUUGGCCAAACGAAAUAGCUAAGAUUGACAAGUGAAACCUUUUAUAUGCAUCAAUGAAAGUGCACAUCUGGGUGCACAAACACACAAAACAGAAAGAAGGAAAUGGAUUCUUCCAAUAAGGCAGUAGUAACUGAUAAGCCUCAUGCAGUUUGUAUUCCAGCCCCAGCUCAAAGCCACAUAAAGGCAAUGCUAAAACUUUCCAAGCUUCUCCACCAUAAAGGUUUUCACAUUACCUUUGUCAACACUGAGUUCAACCACCAACGUUUUUUGCAAUCUAGAGGUCCCAACUCCUUAGAUGGCUUGUCUGACUUCCGAUUUGAAACCAUUCCAGACGGCCUCCCUCCAUCGGACCUCAACGCUACCCAAGAUAUCCAUUUUCUUUGUGAUUCCAUUAUGAAAAACUUCUUGGCUCCAUUUUCUGAUCUCCUUGAAAAACUCAAUGGUGCAACUUCAAAGAAUCCCCCAAUGACUUGUAUUAUCUCAGAUGGUUUCAUGCCAUUCACCAUUACUGCUGCUCAAGAACUUGGAAUUCCUAUUGUAAUGUUCUUCACUAUUUCUGCUUGUAGCUUAAUGGGUUAUAUGCAGAUUGCUUCUCUCAAAGACAAAGGAAUCAUACCACUUAAAGAUGAGAGUUACCUCACAAAUGGGUAUUUGGACAGAGUGAUAGACUGGAUUCCAUGUAUGAAAAACAUCCGUCUAAGGGAUCUCCCAAGUCUCGUUCAAACCAUAGAUCCAAAUGAUGCUGUCUUUAAACUUGUGGUCGAAGCCCCAGAAAGAGCUCUUAAAGCUUCGGGAAUUGUUAUUCACACGUUCAACGCAUUAGAAAAAGAGGUAUUGGAUGCUCUUUCAACCAUGUUUACUCAUGUAUAUGCCAUUGGCCCUCUUCAACCACUACUAAUCAAUCACUUACCCAAUGACCUUUCGAAAUCAAUUGGGUACAAUUUAUGGAAAGAAGAAACUGAGUGCCUCGAUUGGCUUAACUCUAAAUCACCCAACUCAGUAAUAUAUGUGAAUUUUGGUAGCAUAACUGUAAUGACACGAAAACAAUUGAUUGAGUUUGGUUGUGGACUAGCAAAUAGUAAGCACCCCUUUUUGUGGAUAAUUAGGUCUGAUUUAGUUGAUGGAGAAUCAACCAUUUUGCCACCUGAGUUUGAGGUAGAAAGUAAAGAAAGAGGCUUCAUAGCUAGUUGGUGCCCUCAAGAGGAAGUGUUGAACCACCCUGCAGUGGGAGGGUUCAUAACACAUAGCGGAUGGAAUUCAACCAUUGAAAGUGUGUAUGCAGGAGUACCAAUGCUUUGUUGGCCAUUUUUGGGCGAUCAACAAACAAAUUGCAAGUAUACUUGCAAUGAAUGGGGCAUUGGCAUGGAAAUUGAUAAUGAUGUCAAAAGAGAGAAAGUAGAGAAGAUUGUGAGGGAAUUAAUGGAAACAGAAAAGGGUAAGAAAAUGAAGAAAAAUGCAAUGGAGUGGAAAAAAAUUGCCAAAGAGGCCACUUGUCCACUUGGAUAUUCAUCCCUUAACUUUAACAAUCUGGUGAGUGAAGUUCUUUUAUCAAAGGGCUAAAUAUAUUUUGAAGAAUUUUUUUUUGAAGUGACAAUAAUAAGGUACCCGCUAUUAAGUUUGUUUAUAUUAAGUGUGGCUAGAAAUAACUAUCAUCUAUUGCCUAUAAAUAGAAAACUUCAUUCUACAAGAAAGGGCCCUUGACCAUCCAACAUCCAAGAUGCAAUGGCAAAUUCAGAUUCUCUAUCAAGAGCCCUCUAUGUAGAGAUGUAGACUUAUCAAUGUAAACUUGUAGAAGAUUGUGGGCUAAGUCCCCAUGUAUUUGAAUUCUUGUUCAAUGAAAUUUAUAUCUUUUGUGAGUGCAUCAUCCUCACUUCAA